AUGACACUUGACAAUGUGAUGGAGUGGUGCAAUUGGGGUAGGUUACAGUUACAUUACUGGGGUUUUAUAUUAGACCUGCUGGGUCAUAACUAUAUUUGUUACUAUUAUAUUGUACUAGAUGUCUGGGUUUAACUCUCUCUUAUGUAUGUGCUUACCACUAGUUAUGAGACUGAUAUAUUAUUGUUACAGCUUCCCAUAUCAAGAUAGUCGAUGUAAAACGAGGAAAUACCAUUGGCGAUCCUUUGGAAUACACAGUAAAACACUUGGAGGAGUUCAAGGUAAGCACACAUCGUAUGAUCACUACGUUUAUUACAUAUUUUAUGUACAUUUAAAAAAGUUUUUUUCAUUUUCAUGAAGAUAUUAUAGUCAAUGACUAUAUAAAUCAAGAAACCAUUACAUAUAAUAGUAUACGAUGCUGUAAACGUUGUUUACAGUCUAGUAAGUCGCCGUUACCAGAGAAGAUUCAGACCAUGAGUAGAGCCGUUCUUUGUGGAGUACCACAUCUGGAAGUCGAUGAGGAAUACUUUGUGGGAGGUAAAGUUACUUUAUCAUUACAUAAUUUUUGUUACAGUAUCUUCACAUAACUUUUUUACAGUAUUUUUAAAUAACUGAUACUACAGUAAUCGGCUACAUAUACAAAUUGGCACCAUAAUUUAAAUUUAUUUUCAUAGCUAUUGAUCAUAGUAAACAUGAUUAUACGUUUUAGGCUUCAAAGACAAUGGUAUCCUGACCUUGGACAAGUGCGCCCAGCCUUAUAUCGAGAUGUACAAUGGUACGGGCAUAGGAAAAGCACCUCCCAGAUGGGCUUCUAUUAACGAAAAGAACUUGAAGCGGUUACGGAACAUGAAGGAUACGAUACUGGCCAAGAAGAAGGAGCUGUAA